AUGGUUCCAAGAAUAUUACAUGAAUGGUUAACAUACAUGGUUUCAAAAGUUUCUGGAAAGUACCGCUUUCGAAAAUCAGCAGAGGAACAAAACAUUCCUAUUGCUGCUACUACUUUAACAUCACAUGGAAAGCCGAGCUUGGAAUCUCGUAAACUAAAGGGAAUAAGAUUCACUGACUCGAGAGGUCGAGUAGACUUUGUCUUUGUGGACAAUGAAGCACAAGGGAUAACAAAUGAAUCACAAGAGAUAACAAAUGUCUCUAGUACUACAUCACAAGAACUUCCAUCUUCAUCCUUUUCACAUGCUACUUUAACAGCACAUAGCAAUGAACGUUCGAAUUCACUACGAUCUAUAGUUAUUCAGUAG